AAACGAACACUUAGUAAGAGCAAUGCAUAAUCUGGAAGAAUCUAGAGAGGGAAUAGCGAAUGGCUGUUCUAUGACUGAGUUUUAGGUUUUAUAGCUUUAUUCUGGAAGAAUCUAUAAUUCCAUAUAAUCAAACAAAAAUCUCUAGAAGAAACCAUAGCAACGUUUACUACCCAUAUGAACCAUGUGAUUUUUUCUUCUUCCGUCUUUCAUGUGAUUUUUUCUUCCAUUCAUUUUGAAAAUCAAACAAUUAAAAUGGCCAGGUGGAGGUUUAGGGGAACACAACCAAGAGUUUUAUUAGCUUCUAGAUGCCAUCAUUUUAGGAGCUCAGAUUCUUAAAAAUAUAUUAAAUCCUUUAUCAUUCUAUGAGAUUUUACCACCUUUGUAAAUACAGUAUUGGUGCUAAUGAUGAAUUGAAAGAUGAUCCAACUAUCAUACCGGUUUUGGAUUUGACAAGCACAACAUACUAUCACGUGUUUGAUAAAAAGCUCGAAAGAAGAAAAAAGGGGACAAUUCUUGGAGCAUUGAGCAUUCCAGCAGUAGCAGAUGAUGAGGAGCAAGCUGAAGCGGUAGCAAUGUUGGAGGCAAUUAAACUGGCAAAAAGAAUGCAGAUUGAAAACCUGCAGUUGCAAGGAGAUAGUUUGAAUGUUGUUAAUGCUUUACUAGGAAAAAUUGGGUCCAUUAAAUGGACUAAUAACUGUUUUAUUAGAGAUUGCUUAGAGUUGUUUAAAUGUUUUAAUAAAUGGGAGAUUUCUCAUGUGCCUAGGACCACAAAUAGUGUGGCAGAUAUUCUUGCAAAAGAUGCAAGUAGUAGUACAAGUGUAAUCAGUUGGGAAAGUGAUUUCCCAGAAUGGCUUGUCUCUCUUGUGAGAGAGAAAUUCAAUGUACUUGAAUCUUCUUGA